GGUCACUUCGUACAACUCCGUCAGUCGUCAAACGAACCGACAUGGAACGAAGAUGAGAGUUGGAGGGUGAGGUCGGAUUAAGAUGGCGAGUGUUGUGUGGUCUUGUCCGUGUUGUUUGCGGUUUAAAUUUAGUCCGGAAGAAAUUGAACAGCGAAAUAGGAGUCAAGAAAUCGACAAAAUGUUGGAAAAGGAUAAACAUUUGUUCAGGAGACAAGUGAAACUGUUAUUACUCGGUGCUGGUGAAAGUGGGAAGUCGACGUUUCUAAAGCAGAUGAGGAUUAUCCAUGGGAUAAAGUUUGAACCUGAACUUGUCAAAGAAUAUCAACAUGUGAUCUAUCAAAACAUUGUGAGAGGUAUGAAGGUGCUGGUAGAUGCUAGAAACAAAUUGAACAUUCCUUGGGAAAACCCUAAGAACUCCGAGUGUGGUAAUUACGUACUCAAUUUUGAAAACAUUGCUGCUCUUGACACAAGACUUUUCAUUCAUUUUUCUCCUUCGUUAUAUAGUUUAUGGAAAGAUUCUGGGAUCAGACGUGCUUUUGAAAGAAGAAGAGAGUUCCAACUUAGUGAUUCAGUGCAAUAUUUUUUAGACAACUUGGAUAGGAUAGCAAGACAGGAAUACAUUCCAACCAACAAGGACAUACUGCACGCCCGCAAAGCAACCAAGGGGAUCUCGGAGUUUGUGAUACCCAUCAACAACAUCCCGUUCCGCUUCGUGGACGUAGGUGGACAGCGUUCUCAGCGACAGAAGUGGUUUCAGUGCUUUGACUCCGUCACCUCCAUUCUGUUCCUGGUGUCAUCGUCUGAGUUCGACCAGGUGCUGGUGGAGGACAGGCGAACAAAUCGACUGGAGGAAUCGAAGAACAUAUUCGACACAAUCGUCAACAACCUGGUGUUCCAAGGCGUGUCGAUCAUUCUGUUCCUGAACAAGACGGAUCUGCUGGCAGAGAAGCUCAAAUCAGGCGAGACAAACAUUCGCUGGUUCUUUCCCGAGUUUGGCGGCAACGAGAGGAACUUGGAGGAUGUGCAAGAGUUCCUCGUGGAGUACUUCCGUUGUGUGAAGCGUGACCCACGCAAGCCGCUUUUCCACCACUUCACCACUGCUGUGGACACGGAGAACAUUAAGGUUGUCUUCAACGCAGUCAAGGACACCAUUCUCCACCGGAACCUCGAGUCUCUGAUGCUGCAAUGAUGCAGCGGAGGGUACCUACACAUCUAUUUAUUCUAAAGAAUCUUCCAUGUUAUCAUAUUUAUUUUUAUAAGCACACUAUCCAACUGUUAUUAUAAUAUUGUAUACAUGUAAAAACUAUAUUGUUGUUGUUUUUGAAACACUUGUACAUAGACAGAGAUAUUAACUGUUUUUAUAUUAGUACAAUAUUGUAUGACUUCAACAACCUGGAGGUUACAAAACUCAAGGAGGUUGUACACGAAAGGUGGAUCUCUACUUAAGACAAUAUGUGAUACGGAAAUAAUUUUCAUGAUCAGGUGAUCGAUGCAAUAUUAAAUACAUGCUGUAAUUUAGAUUAGUGGCGUACAUUUGUUACUGCCUUAUGACGUGUUCAUAAUAAAUCACAAAGUGCCUCAGGGAGUAAAUGAUUCUCAUUUUUGAAAUAUACAUGCCUAACUGUACAUUUUUGAUAGACAGUACUGAGUUGUCAUGGGAAAAUUGAGGAAUUAUUCAUUUAAAAACAUUACAUGGGUUGUUAAACCCCUGCAAUAAUUUACAACAAUUUAUAAAUAACAAUUUAAAACACACAGUUCGAUCCAGUGAAGUGAAAUCAGUGCUACUCAGAUAUUAGCCUACAGAGAUAUGAGUGACCGGUUGCGUCAAAUUGUACUCUCAACUGAUAAUUUAAUUUAGGAAACAUUUAAAUAGAAAAUCACACAGAAUUUUAUGUUGAUAGUAUUUUGUAAAUUUAAACAUUUAGAGAAAGCGUGUUUAAAUUUUUUAAUUGUUAAGAGGACUUUUAAAUUUUAUUUGAGUUUUUUAUUGAUGAUAUAUUCUGUAUAAAAGGGAUGCCCUUUAGUAGAAAAACACCGAAUAUCUUCAAUCAUUUCGUAAUUUUAUUUCAACUACUAUGAAGAACUUUGAAUAAUUAGCACAAAAGUCUGCACAAUAGUCUUUUAGCUUAGUUCAAUCUGAGGAAAUAUUUUACAUUAGUGUAUUACUGAGAAUACUAACUUCACAAUUUAAAAGAUUAUAUUUUAUACACUUAACUUUGUCAAUUGUACUUUUUUACAAUAACUUAAAAAGUUAUAAAAGGUGCUCCAAGUAUUGUGUUUGUGUAUAAAAUUUAACGGAAUAAUUUUUAAAAAUUUACUUUUAGUAUAUAUAAUUUCUUUACAGAUCCAAAAUGUAUUCUGUUCACAAACACAAAAAAUUGUAAUAUUUUUCAGUGACUACUGGCAGCAACGUUAUUGUUAUAUAAUUAUUUCAAAGUUGUAAUGCUAAGACCAGAUUUAGCUUUCACUGUUCUAGUGUACAAGCAAUCAACACCGUGGUGAUAUAUCACUUCUACAGAAAAACCACACUAUCGGCCAAGGAUGUGUUUGAAGUCUGAUAAUAAUUAAUGGCAAUGUCCAGUUGUCCAGCAGUUUUGAGUGUUUUGAAAGCACUGAGCAGUGUUAUCACCGGUGAGUCACAAUACAUCAGUUGAUGCUGACUCACCCACACACUACUGCGAGUCAGCCAUGUCAAUGGACAGUAAUGACUAUCUGAAUAGGUCCACAACUCGUGUACCAAUGUAUUAUAUUUAUCACUGACACUGAGAAAAUUAAAAUUUUUAGUGACAAAUAAAAAAAGUUAAUUAGACUAUAUUAUGGUCUAUUCCUCAAGCGCUGUUUUUAUUCAAUUGAGGUUUUUUUCCCAUACUUGUGAUCGGUUUUCGCUUACUGUAAAAUGUCUCCAUCGCCUUUUUUGUCCAGUUUGUUUUGAACUUGUGACAUUAAUCGCUUGUUUGAAUAAAAAUGCAUUUUCAACCAUUUUUUUUUUAGCUUCUCCUAAAGAGUUAUGUACCAUUACAAUUCAACCAAUGUAUGCCUUGUUACUCAUAAUUGUUUUCCGGUAGUGCCAAGUAAUAAUAAGUAAUACAUUGGAUGGAGUGGUUUUUAUAACGUUUUAAACUACGUAAAUUAUAUUGAAAAUAUUUUAUAAGUUCUGUUCAGUUAGAUUGUUUAGAAUACAGUUCUGUCUCUUACAUAAACAGUUCUGUCAUUAUGUAAUAACUUCAUACUAGUGUAACAUCCUAUUUGAGAAGUUUAUAUACAUUCCAGAACACAGCAGAUUAUUUUAUUUACGAAAAAUCUUCCAACUCUGAAAGCAAUGUCUAUUUCAUGUACUAUCAAUAAACAUUAAUUGUGCUAAGACAGUUUAAUUUUUUUACCAUAUUUAGUUGAUCAAAUAAUAUGUAAAAUGUAUAAAUCUGAUUAAGAUACGCAAAUUUAUGAAUACACAAUGAAUGCACAUUCAAUACAGGGUUAUAAUAACCUGUUGAUAUUGUAUAGUAGAAUACAUGGAUAGUAAAAUCAAAAUACUCAAAUAUCGUAUAUAAUACGAUUUAAUAAAUACAUCUGCCACAAAUACUAAAUAAAAAGAAUUUUAUAAAAAAAUAUAUUUAAAUAAUUAAACUCUAAACCAUUAAAUAAAAAUGUUUGGGCACUAAAAAAUUUUGUAAAAAAUUAGGUAUACCAUUUUUCAAUUCAACUUUUAUUCCUUACAUAAAAAAGUGUAAUCUCUAAAAAUUGUAUAAUGUUAUCUUGUCGUAUAAUUAUUAUUACAGUAAUUAGUUGUAUCCAUUAUUGAAAAUUAUUUAUAUUUAUUAUUUUGAAUAUUAAUGUUAAUCACUUGUAAUCGUUGAGAACAUUGUGCGUAUGCAGCAGUUAUGGCAGAUUUAGACAGCUUUAGCUAGCAACUAUGUAUACUGCCUGUUUGGUGGUGGAUGAAAAUUAUAUUGGCAAAUUUGAUAUUGCAAUGGAAAUAUUACAAAUAAUAUAUUGUUGGCUUAUAUGUUUUAAUGUGAGAUUGUGAAUACAACAUUUAACUACUGGUAUUGUGAUUUCUGACCAGUACAUUUUCCAAAAGUGGUAUGAAGGUUGUACAAUAGAGUUAACAUAUUUGAUGUAAACCGGUGACCGUAACGUAAGUCAAUUUAAAGUCAAAUAGUGAGGAAAAUUUAAGUAAAUUUGAGUAAAAAAACUUAACAUUUGAAUAAUUUAAACAUCACAUUUAUAUUAAAAAAUCACUCAUAUGAUUUAAUAACAUUUAAUGGGUUUAUUAUAAACAACAAAUUUGGUUGAGAUUAAAGUAUAAUUUUCAAAAGAAUCACAUAACCAGUCUGUUACGAGUUUGCAUUGUAAAAUACUUUAACUAGAGUUACAAAGUGUAGUGUUACGGUACAGUUGGUGGGAAAAAAACUGAACACUUACUGAACAUUUUGUAACGAUUUGUUAGUACAAGUACCUAUGUAACGCAUAAAACGCUAUGCAACACAAAGUUAUGCGUUGUUAGCAUUUAAGUCAGUGUAGCGUUGGAUAAGCAAGACUACUGUACUUAUAAUGAAAAAAAUGUUUUGGUCUUUCCAUUUGAUCUUUGAACACCAAAUAAAUGAAAAAAAAACAUACACACUGUUACUAAAAGUGGUAUACCCCCAAGUUUGUAGCAUGUUGAAAAUUGAAUUCUUUUUAUUUUGUAAUUUUACUUUGUUCUUUUUGUAAUAAUGUUAGUGUUUGGUUCUGAUGCAGACACGAUGCAUGUUUAGUGUGAAUGUACUACUGGAGUUCAAGGUUUAUUAUAAACUAUAUCAGCUGUUUUAUAUUCCUCAACAUCAAUUUUUUACACACAAGUUUUUAACAUGUUGAAGUGCAUUGUACAAUGUGAUAGUUAUUCUAGAGCUCUCCAAUUUGUACAACCCCAAAUAUACUCAAUAACAGUCAGUUUCUGUUUGUAGUGUAUAGUAUAAUGCUCUAAACAACAAAAAAUGCUCAGAAUUAGAUCUGUUUUGUGUAAAAUCUCCCCAUCUGGGUUUGAUUGGUUUGGACACAGAAUCAUGUAGAUUCAUUGAUUUACUGCACUUUGCCAAGUGGUGAAAAAUCGCUUUCUGGUGUAUAAUUACUUUAAUAUUUGACAUUAGCCUGUUUCCCAAUAAAACCCUUUUGAGAUUUUGGAAUUUACUUUACAUGAGACCCAAAUUAACAUCCUGGUUCUUAACCAGUUCCUCAAAAAAUUAAUCAAACAUAUUACUAAUUUUUUAAUUGUUUUUUAAAUAGUUAUUUUUCGAAAAGGAGGCAGGAUCAAAAACAAUCUUUGAACCUACAUGUCAGCGUUCCAACCAAUCUAUGUAUUAUAUUUGUUAUUUUGUUAUUCUUGUGUUUAUUUUUAUUGUUAUUUUGUAUAUAAUGGUGCUAAGAGCUCCCAAAGUGAACACCAAAGUUGCCUGUAAAUUUUGUAUAAACUGUAAUUUCUAACCAUAUUGUGAUUUGCUAUUUCAUUAACAAUGUGUUCUAUCAUUGCAACUCUGUUAGACAGACUUUAAGACCAUGUGCAUUUGUUGUAUGUCGGACUGAAUAAAUGUUCACUCUAAUUUUCCAUCUAUUCAAUUAUAGAUUUGCGUUUAUUAUGUGAUUAUUCAGACUCAGGUGUCAAACCGUUUGUCUCAUUGUAGUUUUUCAUGUAUUCCCAGGACAGUUGGGAAAUCUCCUGAGGACGGUUUGUUUGGGUCUUCAGUUGGAGUGUUUAAAAAAAAAUAUUUUUUAUGCAUUUAUUUUCUGUAUCCAACGUAAAUAAAAACAUAUUUAUACACUGUGUUUGUUGUAAGUUUUAGUUAUUAUUAUAUUGGACAUUUAUUAUGCAAUUGAAUAAUUGUCACAUGCAGCAAUAAAAUUAUUAUUAUUUUAUCUGAAUUUAUAUUUUACAAACAGCAGAAGAACAUAAGUAUUGAUUGGUACAUUUAAGAAAGAAAGCUUGUUAUACAAUUUUGUGUGACACGUUUGAUACGAUUAAAAAGUCUACUUUAUCAAUUUAAAACCUUUCUGCGUAUUAAAAUUUAUUUUCAAUUUUUAAAAUUUCUGCCGUAAAAUGUUAAUUUAUUGCUGAAGUUACAAUACUUUGUAAAUGAGCUAAUUGUUACAUUGUUACAUAUUUUUUCAAACGGUAGCUUUGUUAGAAUUCUGUUUAAAAUAUUAUACAAAGUGUUAAACUUACUGUAAAAUUAUCAUUUGAUAAUUAGGUAGAUUCUUUCAAAAUCUUGUUGAUAUGAUUAUGCUGCAAUGUUAAAUGAGGGUGUAAAACUGCAUGAGGUUUAACAUUAAUCUUCUGGGGAUAAUCUCAAGGUCAUUUUACUACAGCUAUAUCUUAUAAGGUCAAACUCACAGUUCUUAUAAUAAAUUAUUUGUUUUGUUAAUCACCACAUCUUGUUUAGUUUUGUGCUUCACAUGUACAAACAGUAAAUUGUGAUGAUAAACUUGAUUGACAAAUAUAUGCACUGAACUUUGUAAUGAUGACUUGUCGUUAAUGAUAAUGAUUUCAAUCUAGCUUAUGAUUCCAAUGAUGAUUUUUUUAAUUAGGGUAGUCGUAAUAAAUGUUUAUUCAUUGAUAUGAAUUUGGUUAUUAGUCAACUAAAUAUUGCAAUUGAAUUGAAAACACAUACUCCUCUACUUCGCCACCUCUGAUGGAUGCUGUGUUUUGCAAUAAAAUAAAUGAACAUCUGUAAAAAUAUUUUUUUUACCUGUUAGUAAUUUUGUAUGAUUUUUUUAUAUAUGAUUGUUUGCAUAUGCCAAUGAUAACAUAAAAUAGAUUGAAACACAGCAUAUAUAUUUGUUCUCGUAUAAAAUCUUAAAAACUAAACAUAUAAUGAGGAAACAAUUACCUUUUAACCAAAACAUUACAAAAAUGCCUUUACAUCUUCUGCGUCUUCUGCAAUCAUUGCAUUAAAAGACCUUAAAUUUUACGCUUACCCAAAAAAGUGUGGCUUUUUCGUUUGGAAAAUUAAUUCAUUCUGUAUUAUCUGUUCUAAAAGUAUUUCCAGUUAGUGCCUGAAGUAGAAGUUGUUCAGCGGUUAGAAAUAGGUAGCCUACUGAAAGAAAAUUAUACAUAAUUAAUUACAAUAACUGGUUAAAAAACUUUUUAGGCUUAAUAUUUUAAAGAGCUAACUGCUCUUCGGUUUAAUGCUGCAAUAUAGGAACCCUCCAAUUUCCUUAUAUUACUACCAAUUAUUAUAUAUGUACAGGCAUUUUUAGUUUCUUUACUCAACUCAAAAGUCCUAGACCUUUUUGUACAUUCUGAAAUUACAGGAUAAGACUUCGUUUUGUUUUGUUUUUAUAUUUCAAUAUUUUGGAGUAAAAUUAUUGGAGAAAAAAAAACGUUGUGAGAAACUAAUAUAAUAUGUGUAUGAUUUCUUUCAUAUCUUAUACAAAUUAUAAUAUAAUAAAGUAAAUGUCAAAAUAAUCUUUAAAAAAAUCAAAAGAUGGGUUAUUACAAUUUACAAUAAUUGUUACUGAAUCACUGAGGAAAAAGAACAACUAGGCAUCUAUAUUACUAAGUGAUUGGGACAAAAAUAUAAAAAAAUAAUUUAUACAUUUACCGUUAGUAAGAGCUAUCUGAUGUAAUGUGUGUUAUUUUUAGAGUAAAAUUAUUGGAAUCAUCCAAAAAGUUGUGAGAAAUUAAUAGAAUAAGUGUAUGAUUUCUUCCAUAUCUUAUACAAUUCUAAUAUAAUAAAGUAAAUGUCAAAAUAGUCUUUAACAAAUCAAAAGAUGGGUUAUUACUAUUUACAAUAAUUGUUACUGAAUCACUGAGGAAAGGAACAACUUGGCAUCUCUAUUACUAAGUGAUUGGGACAAAUAUAAAGUAACCAUUUAUAAAUGCACUGUUUGUAAGAGCUAUCUGGUGUAAUGUGUGUUUUAUUGGUGCAUAUGCUCCCUACUGGCUGCUAAUUUUUAAGUCAGUCAUUAAUGUGGUGCAAUUGAAAAAUAUUAACUUGAGAUUUUGUACUGGGUAAACCUGUAUUCCUAAAAAUGCACAAGUAUAUGAAUGUAGGUAAGUUAAGCAUUCAAAAAUACAUUCCAUACUCAUCUGUAGACUUAAUUGUACGUGUACUAAGAGACUGAUAUGUUGCAAUACAGAUUUUGCCUUAGGAGUUUUAUCUACUGUUCUGUUGGAAGUUUUCAGUUGAUACUUGUUGAUUUGACAAUACAGAGUAUAUCUAAAUCUGAUAAUUGCAGCUAUGCAAAGAUAAUAUAUUAUUUUUAUAUAUUUAUAGCUUGAUGUAUUUGCUAACAAACUAUUUUUGUACUUCCAACCAUUUUAAUAUGUAUAAAGUUUUGUAUAUGUGUGUAAUUAUAUAUAAUGUUUAUUUUAAUAAAUAUAUUACUGCAUUUUUA